AGUCGGUGCAGGGCAUUCGAGCCAAGUGGACGUGGAAGCCACCUCGAUCUCGGCCAGACGGGGAUCGCAUUUGCAAAGUGGCUUUCGCUUUCGUGACGGAUCACGGUUCACGGUUGGCGGCUCGUUGGUGCCUCGCUUGUGGGUUUCCAUUUCAGACCGUCAGCUUUGUUGACAAAGUUAUUGCCUCCGGCUUAAUGACUUCGUAAUUGAUUUGCAUUCGAUGUGCCACAUUGAUUGGCAAUUGAAACGUAAGGCACCCUUCUUGCAACUCCGGCCCAAAAGCUCUUCACCAUCGAGGGCUCACUCCAUUUCGGUAACCGCUCAUUGUCACCGUUGCUAAUCAAGGUUAUCAAGGAUAAACUGGCUGUCACUAUGUCGCUGUCUGUGGCCAGCCGUCGUCGCCUCCAGACGACAAACGCAUCAUCGUCCGUGGUGAACCCAUCCUCAUCCACUUCCGGCGGGCGCUAUCACCUGCCGCUGUCCGUGCGGAAGCAGCACUCCUUCAUCGAGCCCACGUCCAGAUUUUCGACCCAGCAGAGAGGCUACCUCUCCAGAGGUCUCUCCGUGGGCCGAUCCAUCGAGAACAUCCGCCAGAAGCUCUAUCCCGUGGGCAGGCAGGCAUCUCUGGCCGUCGAGGAGACCGCGCCGCGUACUGCACCCCGCAUCACGGCGUCACAGGUGCAGGGCUUACGGCUGAGGGACAGAAGUCUGGUGGCCUGGUCUUCAACUUCGUCUUUGCUAAAGGAUCAGGAGUCGGAAAGGGCUGCACAGGUGGAACAGCCCGAGGCGAAAAUCAGCGCCAAGGCGGACAAGAAUCGCAUUAAUCUGAAUAUAGUGCUGUCGCAGACCAUAAGGGCCACCAACGAGAGAGAGCAGGAACCGGAAGUGGACGCGGACGCGGACCUGGAAGCGGAGCGAGCCAGCGAUAUCGAGGGCAGCCAUCCGGUUGAGAACCCGGACAUCCAAUUGAGCAUCUCGCCGGCGCUGACCGUCCAGCGGCGUCCGCCUUUGGUGCGUGCUAUGUCCGCUCCGGUCCGCGGACUGGACGAGAGCAGCAAGGGCGUCAUAGCCGCCAGCAAGCGCAGCCAGCAGAAAUUGCGUCGACGCAAGAUCUUCACGAGAACGCCCUCGUCCUCCGUACCGCUCGAUGUCAUCGGGGACAACUCUACGUCCUCGUCCUCCGUCGCCGGAAACGCAUCCAAGAAGGCUUUGAAUCGGGCACGCAGCGUCGUUGCACCCGAUGUGAUUACCCUGGUGUCCCUGUUGAGUUCCGAGGGCAGCGACUCCGAGCGGGAGGAUAACAGUUCAGUGGCGGUAUCAUCGCCGCCAACUGGCGGGUCGGAUAAACAAACAUCGGGCGCCUCGCAGCGAAGGGCGCCUUUGUUGAGGAAGACGGGCAAAUCGGUCUCGUUUCAAGACAGCUAUCCGCCCACCUUCCAACUGGCCUCCAAGGAGUACUCGCACAUGAUACGCCGCGGUUCGAUAGCACCUCUGGCAGCCCGAAUCCGAGCCAAUCGACCGCCCACAGCGCCGCCAGUUUCUAUUUUCCUAACCGACGUCCAGGCCAAAAUGGACCAGCAGCCGAAGAAGGAGGGUGGAGCUGACCCACCCGUUGUCACCUUAUCGCCGGACGAGGCCAAGAAGGAGAACAAUAACAACGCGGCCAAUUGCGAGGACCAACAACCGCAGCCGGAUCACAACUAUCCGGCGUAUGUGCGCAGUCUGAAGGAACGCGAGUGCUGGAAGUUGCACCAGAAGAUGGGAGCCAAGGGCGUCAGUGUGAGCUAUGAAACGGUGUUGAGGGGUAUGCUCACGCCCACCGAGUUCCGGCACUUUCAAAAGCAGCGGGAGCAGGAGGAGGCCCGAGUUCUCGAGGAGGCGGAGGCCGCCGAAGCGGCUGCUGCAGCCGCAAUCCUUGAGAGCGGCGAAAAGGAUGGUCGCAAGCCUCCAGUCACGGCCAUCGAACGCCUCUCGGAAGCUCUGCUCCAGAGCAAGUAGGGAACUGACGGAUGGGAAACCAAGUUCCAGUUCCAUGGAAUCCGACCAUUUAAUUGCAUUUGCCCCCAGAGGAUGUAGUAGCAGUAGUGGAGCACUCGUUAAAACGCAAUCGCACCUCGCUGAGACACCAUAUCCGGCGUCCACGCGUAGUUCUAGAUGGUACCGUAGACCCAUUGAACCCGUAUUUACUGUAUGGCAAGCUUAUGUGGACGCUGAGCCUGGCCAAUAAUUGUAGACCCAACGUAGAUCCUUAACAAUAAAGAGUACUAGAAGACACCUCAAAGCCAG